AUGGGCAGAGAGACUUCGCCUUCGGAUUCAUCGGACUCCAGGGAACGAACUGUAUCAUCCGUUGUUGAACGCUGUGGAGAUGAUGUGUGUUCUGUUGCCGCCUUGGACGAGGUGUUAAACGCGCCAGAGCUUGACGUACGAGUGUUCCAGAGCUGGGCGGAGCUUGACGCUUACUUGAAACAUCUACACGGUUCGUACUACAACUCCUGUCAGUCGGCGGAGUCAGAGGAUGGGAAGAAUCGAUCCGAUUACAAGCGAAUUCCCGAAGAGCUUCGGUUCUACAACAGGACUUACAUUAAUGCGUGUAUACGUGAGGUCGGUGGUACCUGGGAAGUGUUCAUUACCAAGCAAAACACUGGACAUAACCACGAUAUCACCAGCGAUACAUACCAGACAUAUCACGAAGCGCAUCAAGUGUCAGACGACGAGGUUCUGUCGACUGUGCAUACGUUGCAUCGAGAUGGGGCAAGCAAAAAGCGUUUCCUGGAGUAUAUCACUGAAAAUUCGCGCGUCGUACCUAUGUUGAAAGAUAUUCAUAACCUGGUGGAGCGACUAAAACGUGAGAGCUACGCUUUUCCAUCGAUUGAAGAGCGCAUCCGGUCGAUACUGGAGGAUUUCUCCUCGAAACAAGGGAAUCUGGCAAGAUUUUAG